GGAUGUGGCUGCGGCGGCCCCUCCUCCCCCGCGCUCCUCUCAGAGCCCAGGUCGCGCGCCCCUUCUUGGUUUGCUGGGUGCCCGCGCAGGCCCCUCGGGCGGUGGCGAGGAGGGGCCCAGGCGGAGGCGGCGGCGGGCGGAGGAGCGCAGGAGCGGGCGGCCAGGCCACCGCGCGGCGGCGGAGCGGGCCGCGGCCCGGCGCUCCUUCCCCACCGCGGCCCGACGCACCCCGGCCGCCGCCAUGAGCGGCUCCUCAGGCACCCCGUAUCUGGGCAGCAAGAUCAGCCUCAUCUCCAAGGCGCAGAUCCGCUACGAGGGCAUUCUCUACACCAUCGACACCGACAACUCCACCGUGGCGCUCGCCAAAGUGAGGUCCUUUGGCACUGAAGACCGUCCCACAGAUAGGCCUGCGCCCCCCAGAGAGGAGAUUUAUGAGUACAUCAUUUUCCGAGGAAGUGACAUCAAGGAUAUCACUGUGUGUGAACCUCCGAAAGCUCAGCACACACUCCCCCAGGAUCCCGCCAUUGUUCAGGUGAAACUGGAACUGAAAUGCUGUGGAAAAGGCAGCUCUCACCAUACUGGAAACUUGCACCCCAAGGGCUCCUCCAGCAUCUCAAGGGUGCAGGCUGAUGGGACGGUGCUUGUUUCCCGGCUGAACAAGCGCCCUGAUGAAGGCGUGCGGGGUGAUGGGAUGGCCUUCGCCGUUCUCACCCGAUGUCUCGUUGUUCAGUCUUCCCUGGGUUCUGCCUCCGCCUCGCCCUUCCAGCCGCACGUGCCUUACAGCCCUUUCCGAGGGAUGGCGCCCUAUGGCCCGCUGGCGGCCAGCUCCCUGCUCAGCCAGCAGUAUGCCGCCUCCCUGGGUCUAGGAGCUGGUUUUCCAUCCAUCCCAGUCGGCAAGAGCCCCAUGGUGGAGCAGGCUGUGCAGACUGGUUCUGCUGACAACCUGAAUGCUAAAAAGCUGUUACCUGGCAAGGGCACCACAGGGACGCAGCUCAACGGUCGUCAGGCCCAGCCGAGCAGCAAGACGGCCAGCGAUGUAGUCCAGCCGGCAGCUGUGCAAGCUCAAGGGCAGGUGAAUGACGAGAACAGAAGACCUCAGAGGAGGCGAUCAGGAAACAGGCGAACAAGGAAUCGCUCCAGAGGGCAAAACCGUCCAACUAACGUCAAGGAAAACACAAUCAAAUUUGAGGGUGACUUUGAUUUUGAGAGCGCAAAUGCCCAGUUCAACCGAGAGGAGCUUGACAAAGAAUUUAAGAAGAAACUGAAUUUUAAAGAUGACAAGGCUGAGAAGGGGGAAGAGAAGGACCUGGCUGUGGUGACCCAGAGUGCUGAAGCGCCCGCCGAGGAAGACCUUCUGGGGCCCAACUGCUACUAUGACAAAUCCAAGUCGUUCUUCGACAACAUCUCUUCUGAACUCAAGACCAGCUCCAGGCGGACGACGUGGGCCGAAGAGAGGAAGCUCAACACAGAGACCUUUGGGGUGUCAGGGAGGUUUCUUCGUGGCCGCAGUUCUCGGGGCGGAUUCCGAGGAGGCAGGGGCAAUGGGACCACCCGUCGCAACCCCACUUCCCACAGGGCCGGGACUGGCAGGGUGUGAGGGUGCAGCCAAAGGCUCCUACUGAAGUGGCGCAUAACUGACGCUGUGUGUGUCAGGACGCGAGGAAAACGCUGCACUUACAGGGAGAAGUGGUCACUUUGUUUACGGAGUUUGGAAGAGACCCAUACUGCUACUUGUGUUUUGGACUUAACUGAACUUGGACAUGGUCUGAGUUAGAACCACUUGUUUUGGGGAAGUAUUCAUGGGUAACCUCUUUGAGGUCUCUUUACCUGUGUUUCCUUUUUAGUUGCGCAUAGCCUAAUUCUACGGUUUUGGUAUUUUGCAAAAAGGUUUCUAUGGUGAAAGCUGAAUCCUUACUUUGUGACUUUUUUUUUUUUUAAUGACAAGCUUUGACUUUUAAAAGUGGAACCAAAUCUGUUGGCAGAGGUGGCAGCCAAGUACAUCUCUGUAACCCAGCUGGCCCCUGGUGCUGCUGGCCUGGCACCCCCACUGCCAAGGGUGGGGUCUCAGGAGUCAGGCAGGGCCAGCACAGGGUGGUGUGGGGGGGCAGGGGUGGGUGGGUGGAGGGCACGGAAGGGGUUUUCCCAUGGAUCAUGUUGUAUAAGUGAACCAGACCACCCUGAUGGCAUCCACAGUGAUGUCAAGGUUGGGGCUGGCCAGGGGUGGGUGGACUUAGAAGCAUUUGGGAGUAGUGGCCAGGGGCCCUGGACGCUAGCCACGGAGCUGCUGCACAGAGCCUGGUGUCCACAAGCUUCCAGGUUGGGGUUGGAGCCUGGGAUGAGCCCCGGCAGUGCCUUGGCCCUUCUGUGGUCCCUGCCAGCCUCUGACCUGGGCCGGUCAGUCAUUGCUGGACUCUGGCCACACACUGGCGUUCUCAUCCACUUGGAAACAAGCCAGUCUUUUCUGCAAGGUCAGUUGACCAAGAGCAUAUUUCCCCUCUGUUGUACAUCGUUGUUUUGUGUUUGUGUUGUAACAGUGGGUGGAGGGAGGGUGGGGUCUACAUUUGUUGCAUGAGUCGAUGGGUCAGAACUUUAGUAUACGCAUGCGUCCUCUGAGUGACAGGGCAUUUUGUCGAAAAUGAGCACCUUGGUAACUAAACCCCUCUAAUAGCUAUAAAGGCUUUAGUUCUGUAUUGAUUAAGUUACUGUAAAAGCUUGGGUUUAUUUUUGUAGGACUUAAUGGCUAAGAAUUAGAACAUAGCAAGGGGGCUCCUCUGUUGGAGUAAUGUAAAUUGUAAUUAUAAAUAAACAUGCAAACCUUUAAAA